AUGCUGACGCCCACGAGCACCUUCGCCAUCCGCCUCGCCGGCCAGGGCGCCGCCCGCGCAUCGAUUGCCUCUUCCAUCGCCCGCACCACCGCAUGCCCGUACUCGACCGCCUCCAUGAAGCAGCACCAAGCCUCUGCCCGCCCAAUUGGUCUCGCCUCGACAGCCGGCCCCAUCGCCCGAACCAGCGCCGCCUUUGCCGCAUCCCCCUCGUCCUCCAUCGUCGCCCGCGUCGUCCGCCAACCCUGCUCCCAACGCUGCAAUGCUACCGCUACCGCCUCCGCUGCGGCGCAACAAAAGUCCGCCCCUUCGCCGGGGGACAGGUUGGACUGGGAGACCUUCUUCCAGCUGCGCAAGUCCCGUAGAAGGUGGCAGCUUGGCUUCAGCGUCAUUUCUGGAUUGGGAUCCUUUGUUGGCGGUGCUGGCAUCUUGGCUACUGGCAUUGCGGACCCGUUGGUGACACAGAUUCCGCUGGAUCCUUUCAUUACGAUGGGCCUUAUGACGAUGGGCUUCGGUGCUCUUGGAUGGCUUAUUGGACCUAGCGUUGGUUCUCUGGUGUUCUACACGCUGAACAAGAGGUGGAAGACUCAGAUGACGGUGAAGGAGAAGGAAUUUUUCGCCCGCAUCAAGAAGAACCGUGUUGACCCCUCUGUCUCCUCUGUUGGUAACCCUGUCCCCGAUUUCUACGGCGAGAAAAUCUCAAGCGUCAAGGGGUACCGUCAAUGGCUCAAGGACCAGCGAGCCUUCAACAAGAAGCGUGUCAGCUUCGUGUAG